ACAAUCUCCGAAUCCAGGGACUUCGUCUUCCGAAGUACAAACCCGAACCGAUUUCUUCCUUCAAUUGUUUUACCCCCAGAGUAUUUCUUCCCACCCAGAAGCUAGAUUGUCGAAGCCAUAUUGUCGACUGUCCGAAGCUAAGCUUCUUGAUUGUCGAUUGUGGAACAAAGUUCCACGGACUGUUUUGUUCAAAGCUUCUCCAAAGGAAGACGCCAACUGUUCACAGUUCACACUGGAAAAGAGAAGUGGACACCAGAAACCCUCGUGCUGCUGAACCGGAGCAAGAUUGCUAAGAAGAGCUUUGUGGCAGUGACGAAACUGGGGUCUGUCUGGCAACAGAGAGAGCGCAAGUGGCAACUGUGAGUUCUCAGGCCUUAAAAAUUCUGUUCACUUGCAAUACAAACACCGCUGUUUUCUCUUUAGGCAGAAACCCUAAUCAACAUCUCCUCCUGCACAAGAGGAAAACAAAGAAACUAUAGAAGUCAUGGAGGAGAAACCUAAGAAGUUGGUGAUACUAUAUGCAACUCAAACUGGAAAUGCUAUGGAUGCAGCUGAGCGACUUGGCCGUGAGGCUGAGCGCAGAGGCUGCCCUGUCACUCUUUGUUCUAUGGAUGAAUUCAAUGCUAAUUCUUUACCUCAAGAAGACACUGUAAUUUUUGUUGUUUCUACCACCGGCCAGGGAGACACACCAGAUUCCAUGAAGGAUUUUUGGAGGUUCCUGCUGCAGAAAAAUCUUACUAAGCAUUGGCUAGAAGGAGUUCAUUAUGCUGUUUUUGGAUUGGGUGAUUCUGGUUACCAAAAAUAUAAUUUUGUGGCAAAGAAGCUUGACAAAAGACUUUCAGAUCUUGGGGCAGCAGCCAUUGUUGAAAGAGGUUUGGGAGAUGAUCAGCACCCAUCAGGGUAUGAAGGUGCAUUGGAUCCUUGGAUGUCAUCUUUGUGGCGUGCACUGCAUCAAGUCAAUCCCAAAUUCUUCCCAAAAGGUCCUGAUUUUGUGAUUCCAGAAUCAAAAUUGAUCGAUCAACCUAAACUCCAAAUAACCUAUUAUGAAACUGACAUGGUGGAUUCACAAUUAUAUACUGCUACAGAUUUAAAAAGUAUUCAAAUGCAAAUUGAAAGGGCUCGCUCAAUGUUGCCCGGAAAAUUUUCUCAUGACAAGAGCAAGCCUGAUUGCUUUCUUAAAAUGGUAAAGAAUCAACCAUUGACUAGAGCAGGCUGUGGAAGAGAUGUGCGCCAUUUUGAAUUUGAAUUUGUUUCAUCUGCAAUCAAAUAUGAAGUUGGUGAUGUCCUUGAAGUUCUCCCUGGUCAAAAUCCUGCUGCAGUGGCUGCUUUUAUACAGCGUUGUAAUUUGGACCCUGAAUCACUCAUCACUGUGCACCCUAGAGUGAUGGAGAGUGCUGAAAGCAAUGCCCCUAAUGUCCCUAUCAAGCUAAAAACUUUUGUGGAAUUAACUAUGGAUAUUGCGUCAGCUUCUCCUAGACGCUAUUUCUUUGAGGUUAUGAGCUUUUUUGCAACAGCUCAGCAUGAAAAGGAGAGACUUCAAUAUUUUACAUCACCUGAAGGAAGAGAUGAUCUAUACCAAUACAACCAGAAGGAACGAAGAACUGUUUUGGAGGUUCUAGAGGAUUUCCCUUCUGUGCAAAUGCCUUUUGAGUGGUUGGUGCAGUUGGUUCCUCAAUUGAAAACAAGGGCUUUCUCCAUUUCUUCCUCCCUUUCAGCUCAUCCUAAUGAAGUGCACUUGACAGUGAACGUAGUGUCAUGGACAACACCUUUUAAGAGGAAGCGGACUGGUCUCUGCUCCAUGUGGCUCGCCAAACUUGAUCCUCAACAAAGUACAGGGUUAUAUAUUCCAGCAUGGUUUCACAAAGGUUUACUUCCUCCUCCACCACCAUCACUUCCCCUUAUUCUUGUUGGGCCUGGGACAGGAUGUGCACCUUUCCGUGGAUUUGUGGAGGAAAGAACCAUACAAGAUGUGUCUGGUAGAGCUGCUCCCAUUUUGCUCUUCUUUGGUUGCCGAAAUGAGGAGAAUGACUUCUUAUAUAAAGAUUUUUGGUUGUCUCAUGCACCAGAAAAUGGAGUGCUUUCAGAACAAAGGGGUGGGGGUUUUUAUGUUGCCUUUUCAAGAGACCAACCGCAAAAGGUUUAUGUGCAGCAUAAAAUGCGAGAACACAGUGAGAGGAUAUGGGAUUUGGUGUUAGAGGGGGCUUCUAUUUACGUUGCAGGAUCUUCAACCAAAAUGCCCUCAGAUGUAAUGGCAGCAUUUGAGGAUAUAAUAUCCCAAGAGGCUGGGGUUUCGAAGGAAGCUGCUGGGCUGCUACUUCGGAGGUUAGAAAGGGAUGGGAGAUACCAUGUUGAAGCAUGGUCUUGAGUGCUGCUUGGUUCUUUUACAUCACAGAGCAAUUCAGUACGUAGUGAAGGUCUUGCUAGUAAAGUUACACAACACUUGAUCUAGGAAGUGUAUUGAUCACAGUGAAAGGGAAUUUAGUCGUACCAUAGGAAGAGUACUUUAAUAUCCUUAUUGUUACAUUAUUUUAUUAAUUAUUUUUCAAGUGUCUGGAAGUGAGAUUUUAUUAUUUUAAAUCUUUCAUUUAAGGACAUUGUUAGAAUUACAAUGAAUUGA